GGUCGGCUUCUGUUUUCAUCGUGAUUCGCGCGGCUAUCCUAUUCUCUUCGAUAUUUUCCGUGUAUCCACAGGCUCCGCUCAUCGUUGAGGUCUCAAAAGAAAGAAGGCCGGAGGAAUCCGCCUCCUCGAAGUGAAGUUGACACCAUGACGGUUUGCGCGUUCGAGUUCGAAUGACUCCCCGGGAGUACAACUCCGGAAAGAACGAGAAAUGAACGUCCUGCGCAAAGGCGAUACUGCUAUCAUAAGCAGAUGGUUCCCGAGCGUGCACGGAGGUGCCGGGGGGAUGGCUGAGGUCCAGCGUAAAUUGACGAAGAUGGAUUGUAUCAUUGAGGUGCACGAUGCACGAGUACCGCUUAGUGGUCGCAAUCAGAAAUUCUUGGAACGUCUCCGCGCCGCAAGACCCCAUCUUCUGGUUUACAACAAAGUUGACACGAUACCCCGCAAAACAGUGCCUUAUUUGAAGAAAAUCGUCACGGAGAAAGAGUCUUCAUCGCCUUUCCCCCUCCACGGCACGCCGCUUUUCUGUUCCGCAACGAAGAACAAGCGGAUAGAUAAAAUCGUGCCGAAGACCGUCAAGCUAAUACACGAAUUUUUCAAACACAAUGCCGACUUCGCGAAGCUGGAGUACACCAUCAUGAUCGUCGGAGUACCCAAUGUCGGGAAGUCUUCGAUUAUAAACGCCGUCCGAGAAACAUGCACGGGCCUGACCAAUAUGGCUACGAGGGUAGGAGCUCAGCCUGGAAUAACGCGCAGCGUGUUGCAGACUAUAAGAGUCUCUCAACAUCCGAAGAUCUAUCUGGUGGAUUCUCCAGGCGUUCUGGAGCCGACGCCUGUUUCCUAUGAGAGGGCGCUGCGCCUGGCUCUGUGCGGUACUGCAAUCGACAGCCUGGUGGGCAAUGAACUCAUGGCGGCGUACUUGUUCAACUUCAUGCAGACCCGUGGGAUAACGUCGUACUGUAAUUACAUGGGCUUCGAUAAACCCGUGGACAGCCUGCCGGAACUUCUCCGUGGAUGUGCGUCGAUGCUUCAGAGUCGUAGGAAGACCAGAAACUUCGACGGAACGGGGGGCUACUCGGUCAAGCUGGAUCUCGAGCUAGCUGCGAAAUUCUUCAUCAUGGGCUUUCGAAGAGGGGAAUACGGGAAGAUACUGCUCGAUGAUGAAGACCUUCCAUCGGGAGUCCAGGGUUGGGAAGUGCCCGAGGCCAAAGAUGUCGAAUAGCCCUGCCGAUGUCCAUAUAGGAGUGAUAUAAUAAAUUUUGGACUGAA